CGGUCGUGCGCCGACUUCCAGGGGAAACCGCUUUGUUACGAACGGUGUCCAAAUUUUACGCGGGUUACCCAAGGCCGAGUCAAUUAAUACGACACGGCCACUGAAGCAGCUUUCGGAGAAAAAAAUAUGAGUACUGUCUCUUUAAGGUGUCUUGGCUAGUCCGCUUCGUAUUGAUCAAUCCACCAUUUUCCAACACACAGCGGCGGCAGUGGAAACAGCUACGGCGGCGAGAGAUACCCCUACCUGGAGACGCCAGGACCCGGGGCAGUCAUGGCAGCGAACAUGUACCGGGUUGGAGAUUAUGUGUACUUUGAGAACUCAUCCAGUAACCCACUGCUCAUCAGGAGAAUAGAGGAGCUCAACAAGACGGCCAAUGGGAACGUCGAGGCCAAAGUGGUGUGUUUCUUCCGACGCAGGGACAUCUCCAGUACACUCAUCGCCCUGGCGGACAAGCACGCCAGGGAGAUGGAGGAGGAGAUGGAGAAUCCUGAGAUCGUGGACCUGCCUGAGAAACAGAAACACCAGUUGAGACACAGAGAGCUGUUCCUCUCUCGCCAGCUAGAGUCUCUACCUGCAACUCACAUCAGGGGAAAGUGUUGCGUGACCCUGCUAAAUGAGACAGAGGCUCUGAAGUCGUACCUGGAUCGUGAGGAUGCGUUCUUCUACUCCCUGGUGUACGACCCCCAGCAGAAGACCCUGCUGGCGGACAAGGGGGAGAUCCGCGUGGGGAACAAGUACCAGGCUGACAUCACGGACCUGCUCCCUGAGGGGGAGGACGAUGGCAGGGAGCUGACCAAGCUGGAGGAGAGGGUAUGGGACCCCAGCAGUGUGCUCACAGAGAAACAGAUAGACCAGUUCCUGGUGGUGGCUCGGUCUGUUGGUACGUUUGCCAGAGCUCUAGACUGCAGUAGUUCUGUUCGACAGCCUAGUCUUCAUAUGAGUGCAGCUGCUGCCUCCAGAGACAUAACCUUGUUCCACGCCAUGGAUACACUCCACAAGACGGGCUAUGACAUGACGCGGGCCAUCGCGGCGCUGGUGCCGCAGGGGGGGCCUGUGCUCUGCCGGGACGAGAUGGAGGAGUGGAGCGCCUCCGAGGCCAACCUGUUCGAGGAGGCGCUGGAGAAGUACGGCAAAGACUUCACCGAUAUCCAGCAAGACUUUCUGCCCUGGAAAUCGCUGACCAGCAUCAUAGAGUACUACUACAUGUGGAAGACAACCGACAGAUAUGUACAGCAGAAACGGUUAAAAGCGGCGGAGGCAGAGAGCAAGCUGAAACAGGUCUACAUCCCCAACUAUAACAAGCCCAACCCCAACCAGCUCAGUGGCAGCAGUGUGAAGCCCGGCCUGGUGAACGGGGCUGCGCCCCCAGCUGCCGUACCGCCUGCAGCCCCCGCAGCCCCUGCAGCCCCCGCAGCCCCUGGAGCCCCUGCAGCCGUCCCCGGGGUCCCCGGACAGACGCCUGGCCUGGGCCGGGCCUGCGAGAGCUGCUACACCUCCAGCUCAUACCAGUGGUACUCGUGGGGCCCCCCCAACAUGCAGUGUCGCCUGUGCGCCUCCUGCUGGACCUACUGGAAGAAGUACGGAGGGCUGAAGAUGCCCACCAGACUGGACGGAGAGAGGCCCGGACCCAACCGCAACAACAUGAGCCCUCACGGUCUACCCAUGAGGCAUAGCGGCAGCCCCAAGUCAGCGGUGAAGACGCGGCAGGCGUUCUACCUCCAGACCACGGCGGUGACGCGCGCCGCCCGGCGGCUCUGCCAGGACAUCAUCCGGCCUCGCUUCCUGGCCCGCCACCCCUACCUGCCCCUCAACGCUGCCAUCGUCAAGGCUGAAUGUGCUCUGCGUUUGCCGGACAUGCCUAAGAAGGUUGUGCCUCUGAAGCCUGGGGUACGCAAGCCCCUGGAGACCGUGGUCAGGUACCUGGAGGCCCACCCGUGCCCCCCCAGACCGGAUCCCCCUCGUGGCCCCACCAUCUCCACAGGCAGCCUGACGCCCAUCAAGUCAUCCCCCAUCCUGAACAACGGCUCCCCCACUAUCCUGGGGAAACGCACCUACGAGCAGCACAACGGCCAGGAGGGUACCAAGCCCAAGACUAUGACCCCCCAGUGGGACAUCAUGGGCAAGCGUGUGGCCGAGCCGGGCCGGGCCUCCGGACCCCCCAUGCAGGACGAGGUGCAUGAGCUGGACUGAGACGGGAGGAGGCCGACCUUUGUCCUCCAGCAAGCGGGGUAAAUGAUAUGGGAAAGGUAUUUUUUCCAUGCGCAGAGAUGAUGGAAGCCGGGAGCGAUCACGGCAUCGUAACUGUCAAACGCCCUCUGUCUGCGGGAGCCUGUCACAUGGUCACAAGACCAACCAAUUGUAUUUGGGAACAGAGUUUGGCACCGGCCAAUUGAAUGGACGGAUCUAUCUGUACAGGACUGUGUUAAUUACUUACAUUUCUUGUAUUGACUGUCAUUGUAAUUAUUAUUAUUGUUGUUAUCAUUUCAUUUUUUACCAACUAUAACUCUGAGCUCAUCGGUUAAUUGUUGAUAAAACAAUGGAACUUUGGGGGGGGGGGGGGGGGGGGGGGUUGAAGCUACGUGAAUACUGCUUGCUGACCCUGUGGAAAGGGCAGAUUGUACUAUAAGCCACUUGCAUCAUUUUUUUUAACAAGUUAAGUGUACAAGGAGAUGAACUUUUGAUUUCAAUGAUAUGAGUUAAAAAGUCAUCGGUUUGUGUUCUGCGAUUUUGAAGGCUUCAGAGGGUUCUUCUGUUUUGUGAGCCGUCUAACUCUUUGGUCAGAGAGGUUUAACUUAUUGAGAAAGACAUGCUGUUUUUUCUACCUUUUUCACAAGUAAUGCAUCUAUGCUUCAAUGAUGUAAUUAAAAAAAUAAUUGAU